AUGGCGAGCAACGACGACGGACAGAAUAGUGUUGACCCCACGGGUGUGAUAAACAAUCAACGGCAACAAAACCAGCCGAUUAUCCCCGUGCCGGCGGUCCACUAUCAGCAGCAGUUUAUUCCCGUCUCUGCCGCCCAGCAACAGCAGUACGCGCCCUUCCCGCCCCACCAACCGCAAGCACAGGUCAGUAGCGAUGUGUUCGUGCAAAUUUUGCAAAUGAUGCAGCAGCAGCACCGAGAGAUGAUGACCCAGCUGAUUCAACAGCAGCAGCAAAGUGAUGAGAAGCAUGAACGCUUUCUCCGUACGAUCGCAUCGUCAAUCAACGUGCAGGUACCACCGAAUCCGGAACAGAUUCUUGACUCUUUGGCCGGCAACAUCAAGGAAUUCCGGUUCGAGGCCGACUCCAACGUGACGUUUGCGGCUUGGUACUCGAGAUACGACGAUCUCUUCGAGAAGGAUGCUGCUAGAUUGGACGGUGAAGCAAAAGUUCGUCUUCUUUUGCGAAAGCUGGGUGCAUCGGAGCACGAACGGUAUGUGAGUUACAUUCUGCCUAAACUUCCGAAAAAUUUUAGCUUCCUGGAAACAGUGGCCAAGCUCAAGAGCCUGUUCGGAGCAAAAGAAUCGGUGAUCAGCCGUCGCUACCGAUGCCUGCAGAUAGCGAAAAAUCCUGCAGAGGACCAUGUGGCAUUCGCUUGCCGCGUAAACAAGGCUUGCGUGGAGUUUGAGCUGGGUAAGCUCUCGGAGGAGCAAUUCAAGUGCUUGGUCUACGUGUGUGGUUUAAAAUCGGAGAACGACGUCGAGAUCCUCACGAAAAUAGAAGAGAGAAAUGACGUGACGUUGGAGCAGCUUUCGGAGGAGUGUCAGCGACUGUACAACCUGAAGCACGACAGCGCCAUGAUCGAAUCUCCGUCCACGUAUGACCAAGUACAAGCGAUAAGAAAAUUUGGUGGGAAGCGGUACGAAAAGCGUGACCGUGAGUCACCGAAACAUCCUUCCAGUGACACCGACAGGAAACCAAAUUCGCCAUGUUGGUUUUGCGGUGGAUUCCACUACGUUCGGGACUGUAGAUACAAGAGCCACAAGUGUUCCGAAUGUGGCCAGUUCGGGCAUCGUGAGGGGUACUGUGACGGUGCCAAACCCCGAAAAACUGGAAGGAGGCGCAGGAAGCAACCAGUGUCCGCCAAGGUGGUGGUCGUCGAUGUGUGCAGUGUGCAGCAACGACGCAGAUAUGUCUCCGUGGGCUUUUCCGGAACAAAAAUUCGCCUGCAACUCGACACCGCCUCAGACAUCACCGUCAUUAGCAGGGAGAUUUGGCGGAGCAUUGGCAGUCCUGCGUUAUCGUCAGCAACGGUGAAGGCGAAGACGGCAUCUGGCAGCAUACUAUCGCUCGAUGGGGAGUUCGAGUGCGACGUCACCAUCGGAAGCAGUACACGACGUGAGCUCAUCCGUGUAACCGAGAAGCAGCUGCAGUUACUCGGAUCCGAUUUGGUCGACAGUUUCAACCUUUGGGCCGUCCCUAUGGACACCUUCUGUUGCCACGUGUCUGGAACGCCAGUGUCGACAGGUGCACUCAAGUCGUCUUUUCCAGAGGUCUUCAGCGAGAAGCUCGGCUUGUGCACCAGAACAAAAGUGAAGUUGGAGUUGAAAGAAAACGUUCGACCCGUCUUCUGUCCGAAGCGUCCGGUAGCUUACGCUAUGUAUGAUACCGUUGAUCGCGAGCUCGACCGGCUAGAGAAAUUGGACAUCAUCACCCCGGUCGAUUAUUCGGAGUGGGCCGCUCCGAUCGUCGUAGUCCGCAAGUCCAAUGGCUCCAUCAGGAUUUGCGGAGACUACUCAACGGGUCUGAAUGCAGCUCUCCAAUCACAGCAGUAUCCACUUCCACUUCCGGAUGACAUCUUCGCCAAGCUGGCUAAGUGUAAAAUCUUCAGCCAGAUAGAUUUGUCCGACGCCUUCUUACAGGUGGAAGUUGACGAGCAGUACCGUAGUUUGCUGACGAUCAAUACGCAUCGUGGUCUCUACCUCUACAACCGCCUGCCGCCGGGUUUGAAGAUCGCGCCUGGCGCAUUUUAG